UUUUUGUACACAAUAAAUCAUUUCCAUAAUAGAAAAAGAAUUUUGCUUGGGGUACACAAUUUGUGUACACCCUUGGCACCUCAUAUAAAUACUCCCAUAUUUUUUUACCUCACUUCUUUUCCUUCCCAAUUCAAAAUUUUACCCUAAUUUCCUUUGCCUUCCAUCCAUCCCAAUUCCCGCUCCACACUCCCGCACCCACUCCACUAUUCGGACCGCCAUCUUCGCGGGACAAGCAAACCAUCAGCGACGCCGGAAAACUGAACCCAUCCUGCGACGCCGGAAAUCCGAACCCAUCCAGCGACACAGUUCCUCGGCUCUGCUCUGCUUUGGAGAAACGAAGGCAUCCUCGAGGCGCUGCUCCAAAAAUCAUCGUUGGUCCAAGUUUGUAGACGGACAAUCAAACCCAUCCAACUGAAGGCCGUUCCUCAAGGCGCUGGUCCAAGUUCGUAGACGCCCUGCUGUGCUGCAACUCUACAAGUCGCUAGUCCAAGUUCAACGAAAAAAGAAGAUAACUUUGAAGCCAUGGUGCGAACAAGUUUAACCAAUCUUGCUAAAAGGGCUCUUGAAUUGCAAAUUCCUGUCCGUGACCACUUCCCCGCUCAAAUAUCACAGUGUUCAGAAUAUAAAGAUGCUGCAAAGUUGGUGAAAUCGGGUUUGACUCAAAAGCAGCUUGAUGAGUUUCGGAAGAUGCCGUGGGGCCAUCUUCUUGAUGUGCCCGAGCUUCAGUUCUCAGCCCAAAUUGUCCAUAGCCUCUUGUUGAGACUAGUGUGUGACCAGCCUAAAGAUGAACUAUGGUUUUGCGUCAACGACAAGUUGUUAAAGUUUACCUAUAAUGAUUUUGAGCGCAUAACUGGGCUCCGUUCUAUUGGUCAACCUCCGGUCAUCCCCGAUUUAGAUGAAGGCAAUGGGACGUUACUAGAUAAGUUCUUCGGUGGUGCCUUGGAGAUCAGCUUUGGGAGAUUGACGGCAAAGAUGCAGUCAAUGAAGCCGAAAAAGGCAGGACCUCGCGGUGAUCCUCUCAAGCUUGCAUGUGCUUUCUAUGUGCAAUGUGUUUUGCUAUCGAGGAACAAGAAAACAAAUAUGAAUUCCCAGUUUCUGAAAUUGGCGGAUGACUUGGACAGAUUUAAAGCGUACCCUUGGGCAAAAGUGUCCUACAAUCUAAUGGUUUCUCAGAUCAAGACUCUUAUGGUUGGGCAGGGAGAGAGGUUCAAGGAGAACAAGAAAGCCAAUCCUCGAUACAAAAAUGCAAAGUUCACAUUGCACGGCCUUCCUCUCGUCCUACAGGUUUGGGCUUACGAGAGUCUGCCAGAGCUAGGACAGAGAUGUGCUGAACGUGUUGGCAAUCAUGACGUCCCCUUGCUCAAUUGGAAGGCUACGGGGUUCUUUCAUUUGCAAACGCUAAAUGAAAUGAUUUUCAAGGAUCAUUACGAUGAGGAAGAUGAGGAAGACGAUGGUGAAGAUGAUGAUGGCUUCAAAUCCAAGAUGAUGGCUGAAAUGAAAAAGCUACGGGCGCAAGUGGUGUCUUUGGAGGCGCGGCUGAAAGUAAUGGAAGAUAGAUUGGUUGUUGGGAGUGUAACUGAGGAGAAGCAUGAUGAAGAUGAAGAUGCCAAGCAUCAAGCUGAUGAAGAUGAAGAGCAAAAGCAUGAUGAAGUUGCAGUUGUUGAGGAGGAUCAUGUGGAAGUGGAAAAUGCAAAUGAAUCUGAUUUCAAUGCUUCUGUACCUUCUGAUGAGAUUCCUGCAGCUCUAGCUGAAAUUGAGAAGCAUGUGGAAGUGGAAAAAGCAAAUGAAUCUGAUUUCAAUGCUUCUGUACCUUCUGAUGAGAUUCCUGCUGCUCUAGCUGAAAUUGAGAAGCAUGUGGAAGUGGAAAAUGCAAAAGCAUCUGAUUUGAAUGCUUCUGUUCUUUCUGAUGACAUUGUAGCUGAACAUGACAAGCAAGAGGGACAGCGUAUUGAUGAGCGUCAUAAAGCUGAAGUUGAACAUGAGAAGAAUGAAGAAAUUGCACAUGUUGCCGAGGGGGGUCACCAUGCUCACGUUGAAGGUGUUGACAUGUUUGAAGCAUGUACUGAUGAUAUUGGGCAGAAGGGCCAAAUUGGUGACGUGCAUGAAGUGGAUAAUGAAAAUAAUUCCGAGAAUCAUGACUCUGUAUCUUCUGAUAAGGCAUAUUGGGAUGACGUGGUGGAUGAGUGGCAAGCUGCCGCUAAAGGGGACUUGGAGGCUGAGGCGAGUGAUGUGGGGAUGAAAAGGAAAAAGUUCGCCUCUAAGUUCAUGCUUAGCCCUUUCACCGAUCCUAACCCAAAACGGCUGAAAGGCGUGAACAAAGCAAAGGAUAAUCUCAGUCAAGUAGAUGAAUGGACUGAUUUUAAGAAUUGGGUUGAAGGUGAUGACAGUGUUUCCCCUUCAAGUGUCAUGCUACGUGUCAAUGAACUGCUUGAAGUGAGCAGGAGUUUUUUCAGAGUCCUAGUAUCUCCUGACCACUGGAUGUCGAGCACGCACCUUCAUGCAUUAACGUACCUGCUAAAUAAAAGCAUCUGUGCGCAUACGGUGACUUUGAUCAGCCCUUACGUUGUGCAUAAAAUCCUUAAGAAAGAUAUAGGCAACGACACACAUUGGAGUGGAGAUAAAUACCUGAAAAAGCUGGACUGGAAAAGUUGUUUGAAGGUUUUGUUUCCCUUAAAUAUUGAAAACAAGCACUGGAUCUUGGCGGAAGUUGUGUUUCGGAGCAGACUGGUUAGAGUAUACGACUCGCUUAAGACUUCUAGGACUCCAUUUUAUGCUAAGGACUUGUGUGAGCGGCUGCCAUACCUACUUCGUGCCAUUGGUUUUUGUACGAAGGACAGUGAUUUGCAACCGUGGAAAGCAGUAGCUGUGGAUGGUGUGCCACAACAAAAAGAAGCGUCGGGUGAAUGUGGCGUGAUGGUCCUAGCUUUUGCAGAGCAGCUACUCCAAGGGAAAUCAUUGCUUCCUGAUUGCGACUAUGGCAACAUGUCGAACAAAAGACUUGAGUAUGGUAUUCGGCUUUGGCGCUUGAAGAAGGAAGAUGCGUAGAGUGUUGUAGAAAUCAUUUUUAUUUGAAGUUGUAGUUCGAACAAGUAUUGAUUUUGUGUAUCUAUUGAACUUGGAAACAAUGAAAAAUGGUUGGGGUAUUUUGGGGAAAUAUGUCGAAGUUUGUACAAUGUGGAUUUUUUGUUUGUAUGAGAAUAUUUUGUUUUGUCUGUGAGGUUAUAAUUUCAGCGUUAUCGUGUAUUGUAUGUGAUUUGCA